AUGAAAUCGCAGCUCGUUUUUGUGCCGUGUCCCGGCAUGGGUCACCUUGUAUCCCUCGUCGAAUUCGCUAAGCUUCUCAUCACCCACUAUCAACGCCUUUCCAUCACCCUCCUCGUCAUCAAACCACCAUUUGACGACGCCGUCGAUGCCUACAUCCACUCCCUCACUUCUUCCGGUUCCUUCCCAACUCGUCUUCGGUUCACUCUCCUUCCUCCGCACCCCAACCCUACCAGAUCUCACCCUCUUCAUCUAUCUUCCUUCUUGGACUCUCUCAUCGAAAGCCAGAAGCUCGACGUCAGAGAUGCCGUGUCCAAACUCAUCUCGGCCCCUGACUCGCCCCGCCUUGCCGGCUUCGUGGUGGAUAUGUUUUGCACCACCAUGAUUGAUGUAGCCGCCGAGUUCCGUGUUCCGGCCAUCGUCUUCUUCACAUCGAGCGCUGCUUUUCUGGGCUUCUCGCUUCAUGUUCACACCCUCAGGGAGCGAGAGAAAGUUGAUACGACUGCGCUUAACUUCACGGAGUCGGGCACUGCGUUUGCGAUCCCGAGUUUCGAUAGCCAUGUUCCUGCCAAUGUUUUCCCAAGUGUUAUGUUGGACAAGGAAUGGGCGAAAUUUUUCUUCAGCCAUGCAUGCAGGAUUAAGAAAGCAAAGGGCGUAAUUGUGAAUACGUUCGAGGAGCUCGAAUCCCAUGCAGUUCAGUCAUUCUCCAACAGUGAUCUCACCGUUUAUCCCGUGGGACCCAUCUUAAGCGCAGGGGAAAACAGGACAGUUCCACAAGGAUCAGAUCAUGUCAUGAAGUGGCUUGAUGAUCAACCUACUUCGUCUGUUCUAUUCUUGUGCUUUGGAAGUAGGGGUUAUUUCGAUGAGGAUAAUCAAGUGAAGGAAAUUGCACGCGCUCUUGAAACAAGUAGGGUCCACUUCGUGUGGUCUCUACGGAAACCCCCACCCAAGGGCUCGGUGGAAGCGCCGGGUGAUUACUCCGACCUGGAAGAAGUACUACCCGAAGGAUUCUUGAAGCGGACGGCUGAGAUUGGAAGAGUCAUAGGAUGGGCGCCCCAGGCCCAGAUCUUGGCCCACAGGGCGGUGGGAGGCUUUGUGUCUCAUUGCGGGUGGAAUUCGAUACUGGAGAGUGUACACUACGGUGUGCCCAUCGCCACGUGGCCGCUUUAUGCGGAGCAACAAACGAACGCAUUCCAAUUGGUGCGCGAGUUGAAGAUGAGUGUGGAGAUCUCAUUGGAUUACAGGGGGAAAGGGGGCAAUAAUGUAAGCAAAUCGGGGGUGAUAAGUGCAGAGAGGAUAGAGGAAGGAAUAAAAGAAGUGAUGGAGAAGGAGCGUGAGGUGAGGAAGAAGGUGAAGGAGAUGAGCGAGAUGAGCAAGAAGGCUUUGAUGGAGGGUGGAUCUUCCUUCUCCUAUCUGGGACGCUUUGUUCGUGAUAUUCUGAAUUAUGAUUGA